AUGGAAGCCACUUCCUCCUAUGAAUCUCCUCUCCUCACCAAUAUAGCUGAAGAUGGGUGCACAGAUCUCCAUGGAAGGCUUGUCAGCAGAAAGCUCAGAGGAGGAUGGAAAGCUUCUCUUCUCAUAAUUGGUGUUGAAGUGGCAGAGAGAUUUUGCUACAAUAGUGUUUAUAAUAACUUGCUCUCUUAUCUCACUAAUGUUAUGCACCAGAGUGCUGCCACUGCUGCUAAGAAUGUUAAUGUCUGGUAUGGUGUUGCAUCCAUGCUUCCCCUUGUUGGAGGUUAUCUUUCAGAUUGCUGUUUGGGGCAGUACACAACCAUUAUUUUAUCAUCUCUGGUUUAUCUGCUGGGGUUGAUCUGUUUAACUCUUGCAGCCUCUCUGACAUUUUUUAUCCCGCCACCAUGUGACAAAACAUCAUUUUCCUGUCCCAGUCCUACGGUUUAUCAGGUGGGGUUUCUCUUCAUUUCACUAUACUUGGUUGCUUUGGCUCAAGGAGGCCAUAGACCAUCUAUACAAGCAUUUGGUGCAGACCAACUUGAUGAGAGAGAUCCAACAGAGAGGAAAUCUAAGAGCUCCUUCUUCAAUUGGUGGAAUUUUGGUAUAAGCAUUGGUUUACUUUUAUCUGGUGUUGUGAUUGUCUACAUUCAAGAAAAUGUAGGGUGGGGUAUUGGAUUUGCAAUCCCAACUGUAGCCAUGGCGAUAGCAUUCUCUGUCUUCAUGUGUGGAACAAUAAUGUACCAACAUAAAAUUUUACCCUCCACCAAUCCAAUAAUUCGUAUUCUUCAAGUUUUUGUUGCAGCGAGUCUCAAGUGGAAUGUUUCUAUCGAUUCUCAAGGAGAACAGAACUUAUCUGUUGAUCAAGGAUUUAGUGAAACAACAAAGCUUCUACCCACUGAUCAAUUCAGGUUUCUUGACAAAGCAACUAUUGAAAUCAAUCUGGACCAUGAAAACAGAACAAAUCUUGAUUGGAGGUUAUGCACUGUCACACAGGUGGAAGAGGCAAAACUUGUCCUGAGAUUGCUGCUCAUUUGGGUAUCUUGUUUGAUGUAUGGAGUUGUUUUUGCACAGUCUUCAACAUUCUUUACAAAACAGGGCAGCACAAUGGAUAGGAGGGUAAUUGGAAACCUAAAAAUAGCUGGAGCUUCCAUGCAGAACUUUAUUACCAUAACUGUUCUAGUGCUGGUGCCUGUCUAUGAUCAAAUCUUUGUCCCACUGGCCAGAAGCAUUACUGGAAAUAAACGUGGUAUAACACUGCUACAGAGGAUAGGUGUUGGUAUGUUUAUUUCUGUCAUUUCUAUGGUUGUUGCAGCAGUGACUGAAAUGAAAAGGCUUCAAGUAGCAAAAGAAUAUGGAUUGAUAGACAUGCCCCAAGUGACAAUUCCACUAAGUAUUUUUUGGUUGCUUCCACAAUACAUUCUGUUUGGUAUUGCUGAUGUGUUUGCAGUUGUAGGCUUGCAAGAGUUAUUUUAUGAUCAGAUGCCUGAGACAAUGAGAAGCUUGGGAAUUGCCUUAUAUUUGAGUAUUUUUGGAGUGGGUAGUUUCUUAAGUAGCUUUCUUAUUUGUAUUAUUGAGGAACUUAGUAGCAGAGGUGGGGGACAAAACUGGUUUGCAGACAACCUAAACAAAGCUCACUUGGACUACUAUUACUGGCUUUUGGUUGCAUUGAGUGCACUAUUUCUAUGUAUCUAUCUCAUCUUUGCCAAUUGCUUCAUCUAUAAGAAAGAAGAAAGUAAUGUUUAUAGAGAUGAAGAGAUUUCCUGA